UGUCAAGCAUCUCCAAUCUCAAAUGACUGGCGCAACACAUGUCAAUGUGGAGGGCGCACAAGGACCGCUCGAGUCUGAGCUUCAUCGCCCGGAGCUUUGCAGCCGGUGGCAUCGCAGGAUGCUGCGCUAAAACCGCAACGGCGCCGCUGGAUCGCCUCAAGAUUCUUCUGCAGGCCAAGAGCCACCACUACCACCACAUGGGCGUCUUCCAGGGACUGCGCGCGAUCGGUCAGAAGGAAGGUCUGCUGGGCUACUACAAGGGCAACGGUGCAAUGAUGGCUCGCAUCUUUCCCUAUGCUGCCAUCCAGUUCAUGAGUUAUGAACAGUACAAGAAGCUCCUUAAGAGUUAUUUCAAUGGACGAGAGUCGCCAGUGCAUCGAUUGCUUGCUGGCUCGCUUGCAGGUGUCACAUGCGUGACCUUUACAUACCCUCUGGAUCUGGUUCGUGCAAGAUUGGCCUUCCAGGUGUCUGAAAAUCGGUACACGGGCAUUGCCCACGCUUUCCGCACGAUUUACGCCGAGGAGGGCGGCUUGCGUGCAAUGUUCAGUGGCUUCCGCCCAACGAUUUAUGGCAUGAUUCCGUACGCUGGCUUGUCGUUCUUCACAAACGAGACCCUCAAGGCGUUUUUCCUCGAAAACAUGACGUCAAUUACAACCAAACCCGUCCACAAACGAGACGGCACCGCGCCCGACCCCACGCUGCGCGAGCUGACCUACACGACCAAUUUGCUUUGCGGUGGAAUAGCCGGAGGUGUCGCCCAAACGUUUGCCUAUCCGUUUGAUGUUGUUCGACGACGCAUGCAACUCAAUCGUGGUUUGCCGGACGGCCAAGCAACAAGUACAAUCCGCACGCUAGUCUAUAUUCUGCGCCACGAUGGCUUUUUCCGUGGCUGGUACCGCGGAAUGAGCCUAAAUUACAUGCGCGUUGUGCCGCAAGCGGCAGUGUCGUUCACAACCUACGAGUUUUUGAAACGAAUGCUUCAAAUCGAGGAUCGUUCCAUCGUGAAAGUCGGAUGAUGUGUUGAACUGGUAUGCUGUGUUUGAUUUCAAUCAUUAUUUCCUCCUCCUCCUCCCCGCCCCCGCUGUAACAUAGAAAUACAA